GGCGAUAUGUUGACACAUGUUUGUUUUCGUAAUCUUUGGAAUUUUGUUUUGCUUAUAUUGCUGAUUUUGAAUUUUGGCAUCAAUGCACAAGCAGAAACUGGAAAUUGCACAUCUCCAGAAUCAAAGAAAGUUUGUUGUACUAAUUAUCACGAUGUUAACGGUGUUUGUAUGAAAUGUCCAGUCGGUUCAUAUGGUAAAAAUUGUACGGAAACUUGUCCAGAUGGGAUGUAUGGAGAGUUUUGUUUACAGCAAUGUAAUUGCACAAUGAAUCAACAAUGCAAUUUUAUGUUUGGAUGUUUAGUUUUAGAUUGUCAGGCGGGAAGAUAUGGAAAAAAUUGCUCCGAUGUUUGUCCUGAUGGAUUCUACAAUUGGUUUUGUAUAUAUGAAUCAUACAGAUACAUGUUUUGGAUAAUUCCAAUUUUACUUGGAACAGUAAUUUUCAUCAUGGUUUGUGUUUGCCGAAGGUGCCGAAAGACCAAACCAAGAAACUUUGUUGAUAUCCCAACGUACACGACUGAAAAGAAUAAUACUACUCAUGAUGACUACGAUCACGUUGUAUUUACAUGGAAUAGUAGCAAUAACAAUUCACUGGAGAGAAGUAAAAUUAGAAAAUCAGCUUCGGAGAUUGAGACAGGAGAAGCAGGGAUGUCCGACGAAAAUAAUGAAGCUGGGGUUUACAAUACACUAAAUCUGCGUGUUUUUGAUUAUGAGGAACCAAUCAAACACCAGCCUCUUAAAAGAUCCAAGUCUGAAAACUCUUCCUUGUAUGUUAAAUGUUCGAUUCCUCUUGAACCUUCAGCUUUCGACUCUGAACGAGUGUUAAAUUGUAACAGGGUUUCGUCUCUAAGACUUACAACAAGCACUGACAGAAAUAAUUUUGUAAAAGGUGGAAAGGGUAUUACUAAAACUCAUGAGAAUGACGAACCUUUUUUAGAUUUUAAUGUGCAUGAUUUGGCAACCCUUCCAGGUAAAAGCAAUGCGUCUCAACGACAAUUGUUUCUUAACGAAUUGUCAUCUCAGCUUUUAAAUUUAAAGAAAAAUUAGGAUAACUACGUUCUUCGAUUUGGAAAAUGAUUUUAUGGUUUUAAAACUCUUCGGGAUACAAGUGUUGCAUACAAGCUCAAACUUCAUUAUUCCUUUCAGAUGUAGAAUUUUUGCUACAUUUUUCUUAAAGAAUGAAAACUAUGUAUCAAUUUUUGAGAGAAACUAACUUGUAUUAAUAAAAACGUGAGACCCAGCUGCUUUAUUUAAAUUAAGGACCUAAGAAUCAUUGCACUACAGAGAUAAACACUCCAAAUGAUAUGAAAAUUGUUUGAAAUCACAAUCCUCUAACGCGUUGUAAUUAUAAGUAAAAGUAAUAGGGUGUCUAUGAUCCAUAUGGUACAAAGUGAUAAUCGUCAUUAUUUUAUUUUUUAGUAUUUGUGUUAAUAAACUAUAAACCUUUUUUUUGUUCAUUUAUAUUAAACGGGGUAUUUGGAUGUGUUGAUAUUUAACAUGUUGCAUGAUAUUAGGAGAAACGUAUUUUUUUCCAGAAAUACAGGACGUAUUCUUUCAAAUUCUUAAACAAAGAACUAAUGACACAUUUGUUUCUUAAGUAAAUCAAAUCAAGCACAUUUUGUGUUACAUGUACUUCCUUAUAUGUUGGCGGUUUCAAAAUGAUACGAUUAAGUAUCUUAAUUUCAAACAGCUGGCUGAUUAAAAUGUGAUAUUUUGUAAUUUGGUUUGCAGAGCAAUAUAAUUAGCACCAGUUUUAAUAUAAUUUAUAUCAAACUUUCCAAUGUCUAAAAUAAUGAUAAUAAGAUAUGUCUAAACAUCAAACGAUUUGAAAAAAAUAGAUCUACACCAUAAACAUUGAACUUAAGGUUAAGUAACUAACAGAAUGAUCAUACAUGACCUAAGGUAUACUUGAAAAUUUCUAAACAAGAGAUAUUUUUAUUUAUCAAAUGUUGUUAAGGUAAAUCCCCCUGGUAAACAUGGAUUGUUUAUAAAUUUAUAAAGGAAAUAGAGAUAAACUGUACAGCUAUGUAAAUGCCAAUUUACCGGAACAAAAGCACUAACGCUGCAUUUAGAAUUUUGUGAGAAACUGCAUCUUAUAAAAAUAUUGAACUGAGCUUAUGAACGAUAUCUCCAUGCAUUACGAUUUUCCCUUUCCUUAUGGUUUACAGCUGCUAUUUUAGUGUUUUACUUUCUGUAAUUAAAUAU